AGAUUUCUUUUUGUAUGUUAUUAAAACCAUAAAAACUUAUUAAACUUGUUGCUGCGUGUUUUUACCAAAUUUCAUAUGACGUAUUUGCCUUCCCCUGUUUAAUAAUAAUAAUAAAAAAAAAUAAUUAUAAUUUAUUAAAACCACCAACCUACUGCUGCUCUACCAACUUCUCAAUACAAUAAUACUUUAGUCUUCGUAUUUACAACGAAUCAACAAUUUGUUUUCAUCCGAAAUAAAAACAAUACUUGACAAUAACUCAAGAAACUUCCCACUCCGACCAGUCCAGUUUAUUUACACUAUUUAGCCGUUCUAUUAUAACAACGCCAUCAACAUGGGUCGUAAAGUAACUGUUGCCGUUUCGACCUUAAAUCAAUGGGCCUUAGAUUUUGAGGGUAAUUUGGCUCGUAUUCUUCAGUCGAUUUUAGAAGCCAAAGAUAUGGGUGCUUCAUAUCGUACGGGACCAGAAUUGGAAGUUUGUGGCUACAGCUGUGAAGAUCAUUUUCGCGAACCCGAUACUUUUUUACACUCUUGGGAGGUUCUACUUGAAAUCAUGAUGUCACCCAUAUGUGAAAAUAUUUUGGUCGAUGUCGGUAUGCCAAUAAUGCAUCGUAAUGUGGCCUAUAAUUGUCGUGUAGCCUUCUUUAAUCGUAAAAUAUUACUCAUACGUCCCAAGAUGUCUAUGUGUGAUGAUGGUAAUUAUAGAGAAUCCAGAUGGUUUACAGCUUGGACUAAGAAUUUCAAAACUGAGGAUCACUAUUUGCCGCGCAUGAUCUCGCAACAUACUGGCCAAGAUACGGUGCCCUUUGGUGAUGCUGUUAUUGCUACUAAGGAUACUUGUAUAGGUUAUGAGAUUUGCGAGGAAUUGUGGAAUGUUAAAAGCAAACACAUCGAUAUGUCGUUGUCGGGCGUUGAGAUUAUUUCGAAUGGCUCUGGUAGUUAUAUGGAGUUGCGUAAAGCCUAUAUUACCACCGAAUUAGUACGUAGUGCCAGUUUUAAGGCUGGUGGUGCCUAUCUCUUUAGCAAUCUUAGAGGCUGUGAUGGUCAACGUGUCUAUUUUAAUGGCUGCUCUUCUAUAGCUCUCAAUGGCGAAAUUGUGGCAAGAAGUAAACAAUUUGCUUUGCAAGAUGUUGAAGUUACUCUUGCCACUAUUGAUUUAGAAGAUAUACGUUCCUAUCGCGUAACACGUCGUUCUAGAUGCACCGAAGCGGCUGAGGCUCCCAAUUAUCCACGUAUCAAUUGUGAUUUUGAAAUGUCCACACAUAGUGAUAUAUUUAAAACUGCCAAUACUCCCCUGCAAUGGAUCUAUCAUACACCAGAAGAGGAGAUAGCUAUGGGUCCUGCUUGCUGGCUGUGGGACUAUUUACGUAGAUCGGGGCAGGGUGGUUUCUUUUUACCCCUAUCGGGUGGUGUUGAUUCCAGUAGUUCAGCCACCAUUGUGCACUCCAUGUGUAGAAUGAUUGUUAGUGCUGUACAAGCAGGAGAUUCACAGGUUCUCUAUGAUAUACGUAAAAUAUUGGCGGAUCAGGAGUAUACACCCGACAAUCCAGCGGCCUUAUGUAAUCGCUUAUUGGUUACCUGUUUUAUGGGCAGUGUCAAUUCUAGCAAAGAGACAAGACGUCGUGCCUCUAUAUUGGCCAAUCAAUUGGGUAGUUAUCACAUCGAAAUUAGCAUCGAUACUGCCGUUAAUGCCUUAUUGGGUAUUUUUAAUGCUGUUACUGGUUUGACGCCCCGUUUUCGCACCCAGGGUGGUUGUGCCAGACAAAAUUUAGCCUUACAAAAUAUUCAAUCACGUAUACGUAUGGUCUUGGCAUAUAUAUUUGCUCAGCUGAUGUUGUGGGUCCGUAAUCGUCCUGGUGGUUUGUUAGUUUUGGGUUCGGCCAACGUUGACGAGUCCCUGAGAGGUUAUUUGACGAAAUACGAUUGUUCUUCGGCCGAUAUUAAUCCUAUAGGUGGCAUUUCGAAAACGGAUUUGAGAAGAUUUUUGAUUUAUGCCAAAGACAAGUUUAGCCUUCCUAUACUUGAGUCAAUUAUUGAUGCUCCACCCACAGCUGAAUUGGAGCCUUUACAAGAUGGUCAACUCAUGCAGACCGAUGAACAAGAUAUGGGCAUGACUUAUGCUGAACUAAGCGAAUAUGGACGUUUGCGUAAACAAGCCUGCUGUGGACCCUACAGCAUGUUCUGUAAACUAGUAUCCACCUGGAAGGGUGACCUCAGUCCCAAAGAAGUAGCCGAUAAAGUUAAACAUUUCUUUAGAUGUUAUGCCAUUAAUCGUCAUAAAAUGACCGUAUUAACACCCUCAGUACACGCUGAAAGUUAUAGUCCCGAUGAUAAUCGUUUCGAUCAUCGCCCCUUCUUGUAUCGUGCCAACUGGAGUUGGCAAUUUAAGGCUAUCGAUGAUGAAGUGGAAAAAUUACAACCAAUUUAUACACCCUCUUCUUCGCAAAUGCGACCAAGUAGUGAUGAUUUAUUAUUAUCCCAGGAAUCAACUCAUAGAUCAAUGUUACAGCAGGGUGAUUCAAAGCAUUCUUCCCCCUUGUCUACUUCUUCGAUUGAUGUGCCUGGUGCUACUACUACACCACCUUUAGGUAAUAUACCCACCGGUAGUAUGGGUACUUUGGGCAAAAAGUCCAGUGGUUAUGCCAAAGUUCAUCAUAAUGUUUUGGGCAAAAUUAAAGAUCGUACUGGUAUACCGGUUUAAUAUAUGUGUUUUGGAAUAUUUAUUUAAUAAAAACACACAAACAAAAUAUAAUUUGACCACAACAACAAAAUAUAUUGUAUGUAGACAUAACGACCAAUUAACAACAAGAAAAUGGAAUUUUUGAAAAACAAUUAAAAACAACGCUUUAAUAACAAAGUCCUAUUUUUUAAAAGUUAAGAAUAAUUACAAAAACUAUAUAUGAUUAGUUUAUUAUAUAGAUUAAAAGUUAGAAUUAAUAUGUAAGCACAAUUUUGUUGCAAAUAUUUUUCUUUAAUUUGUAUUUUUACGACUUUUUUAUAAGUAAUUUUUAAAUUUAUUAAAGUUUUAUAAAAUAACAUUUAGGAAGAAAAUUUUAUUUUAUAAAACUUGGUUAAAUUUAAGUAUUGAUUAUGAAUAUGAGGUUAAUUUUUCAAUGUUUAUGAUUUGUAAUUGUUUGAUUUUAAUUAAAAUUUUUAUCAUCUAUUCUUUACUAAACCAAAUUUUUAAAUGACGCAGACUACUUAUUAAUGUUUAAUUUGAUUUAAUCUUUUUAUUAUAUUUUGUUGGCAUUAUUAUUUUGAAUAAACUGUAAUUAA